AUGCCUCGGUCUUCUCGUACAGGUAAUUUGGUUUUUGACCCUGAGGUAGAGAAGACUGCGCGUAGGACAAGAAAAGAGACCAGACAGCUCCGAGAGGAGCACUCCGGUGCUACAUCUCAGAGACCUGGGCCAGAAGUUGAACCAACAGACUCAUUUGGUGACACUUCGAGUGACUCAGAGCAAGAAGAAAUCCCCAUGGCUAAUGCACGAACAUUAAGGGAGUUGGCUGCUCCUGAUUUAAAUCAGCAGUCUUUAUGCAUUACUUUCCCGAGUUUGAGUGAAAAUACUUCAUUUGAAUUGAAAUCAGGUCUAAUUCAUCUUUUACCUUCUUUUCAUGGCUUACCAGGUGAGGAGCCGUAUAAGCAUCUGCAGGAGUUUGAUGUCGUAUGCAAUAGUAUGAAACCCCCGGGAAUCACAGAAGAGCAGAUAAAAAUGAGGGCAUUCCCCUUCUCCUUGAAAGAUUCUGCGAAGGACUGGCUGUACUACCUGUCACCAGGUAGCAUCACCACGUGGGACCAAUUGAAGAAAAAAUUUUUGGAUAAAUAUUUUUCUGCGUCCAGGGCUGCAAGUCUAAGGAAAGAAAUUUGUGGGAUCAAGCAGCAUCCAGGGGAGUCACUUUACGAGUAUUGGGAACGGUAUAAGAACUUGUUGCGCAGGUGCCCCCAACACCAAAUAAGUGAGCAGUUGAUCAUACAAUAUUUUUAUGAGGGGCUCAUUUUUAGAGACAGGAGCAUCAUUGAUGCUGCAAGUGGAGGGGCACUGGUGAACAAAACCCCUCAGGAAGCACGGGAGUUAAUAGAGGGGAUGGCAGAGAAUUCACAGCAAUUCAGUACAAGAGAGGAUGUCCCAAUACGUAGGGUGAAUGAGAUAGAGACACCCUCUGUGCAGCAGCAGCUAAAUGAGUUGACUGCGUUUGUUAGGCAACAGGAUGUGAGAAAUGCAUCACAAGCCAGGGUAUGCGGGAUUUGCACUGGUAUAGGUCACUCUGCAGACAUGUGCCCAAUGAUUCAGGAAGAAACUGCAGAACAGCAAAGGACGGAGGCAGCUAUUAUGCAAAAUCAGCAAAGGACGGACUCCGAAAUGCAGGACAUAAGGAAUCAGAUGAAUCAAAUGGCCACCAAAAUUAACCGUUUGGAGUCCCAGAACCAAGGGAAGCUGCCAUCUCAACCGGAGUUGAAUCCGAAGAACGUGAGCGCAAUGACCCUAAGGAGUGGGAAAGAAAUUCAAGGGCCUGAGCCUGUGAUCCCCAAGGACAAGGAUGAAGAGAAGAUCGAAAAUAAGCUUGAAAGGGAGGACAGCAAUGACGCCAUCAAACAAGUGCCAAAAUAUGCCAAGUUCCUAAGGGACUUGUGUGUCAACCGAAGGCGAUUGAGGGGAGAUGAACGGGUCAUUGUUGGGGAGAAUGUACUAGAAGAGGAUGCCAAACCUGUACGGCAGGCUCAAAGGAGGCUCAAUCCCCUCAAGAUGGAAGUUGUAAAGAAAGAAAUCUUAAAAUUGUUAGAUGUGGGGAUUAUUUUUGCAAUAUCAGAUAGCCCUUGGGUGAGUCCGGUCCAGGUAGUCCCGAAGAAAGCGGGAGUGACGGUGGAAGCCAACCAAACGGGUGAGCUCGUGUCAGUGCGCAAACCCACGGGAUGGAGGCAGUGUAUAGACUACCGUAGGCUAAACGCCGUCACUAAAAAGGACCAUUUCCCUCUCCCUUUCAUUGACCAAAUGGUUGAACGUUUAGCUGGUAGAGCUUAUUAUUGCUUUUUGGAUGGAUUUUCAGGAUACUUUCAGAUAGCAAUUGCCCCAGAGGAUCAAGAGAAGACAACUUUCACGUGCCCGUUCGGGACCUUUGCCUACAGACGGAUGCCAUUCGGGUUAUGCAAUGCACCUGCAACAUUUCAGAGGUGUAUGGUAAGUAUUUUUUCUGAAUACGUGGAGAAAAUUAUUGAAAUUUUCAUGGAUGAUUUCAGUGUGUAUGGUGAUAGUUUUGAUACGUGUUUAGAUAACCUGAAAUUGAUCCUGAUAAGGUGUAUAGAGACUAACCUUGUGCUUAAUUGGAAAAAAUGUCAUUUUAUGGUUGAGCACGGGAUAGUCCUGGGUCAUAUUGUAUCGUCUAAGGGCAUAGAAGUUGACAAGGCUAAAAUAGACAUUAUUUCUGCAUUACCUUACCCCGCGAGUGUACGGGAGGUGCGUUCUUUUCUUGGACAUGCAGGGUUUUAUCGAAGAUUCCUCAAGGAUUUUUCAAAAAUUGGAGCCCCGUUGUUCCAACUCCUACAAAAGGAUGUGACCUUCGAAUUCAAUGACAAAUGUGAGAAGGCCUUCGACAAGUUGAAAGAAUUGUUGACUUCACCCCCAAUCAUCCAGCCCCCUGACUGGAGUCUACCAUUUGAGAUUAUGUGCGAUGCCAGUGAUCAUGCCGUGGGGGCUGUGUUGGGGCAACGAGUAGGGAAGGCAGCUCAAGUCAUCUAUUAUGCAUCCCGAGCAUUGAACGGAGCCCAGUUGAAUUACUCCACCACUGAGAAGGAGCUUCUUGCAGUUAUUUUUGCUUUAGAAAAAUUCAGGUCAUAUUUGCUAGGUGCUAAAGUAAUUGUAUUUUCUGACCAUGCAGCAUUAAGGUACCUAAUGACCAAGAAAGAUGCCAAACCGAGGCUCAUCAGGUGGAUAUUGCUACUGCAGGAAUUUGACCUGGAGAUACGGGAUAAGAGGGGCUCAGAGAAUUUAGUAGCUGACCAUCUGAGUCGUAUACCCGUUGGAGAGGAUAAUGAACCAUUGAGGGAUGCAUUCCCUGAAGAGCACUUAUUUUCUUUAAAUUCUCAGUUGCCUUGGUAUGCCGAUCUGGUCAAUUAUUUGGUGACUGGUAAUUUUCCUGCAGGUUGGCAAAAAUCGAAGAGAGAUAAAUUGAAAAGCGACGCCAAGUAUUUUAUCUGGGACGACCCGUACCUAUGGAAGAGGUGUGCAGAUCAAGUGAUGCGGAGAUGUGUAAGUGAAACCAAUGGUCAAGCGGAGGUGUCGAAUCGGGAGAUUAAGACCAUUUUAGAGAAAAUGGUGCGCCCUGAUAGGAAAGAUUGGAGCCAAAGGUUGGAGGACGCACUCUGGGCCUAUCGGACGGCGUACAAGACUCCUAUAGGGAUGUCACCGUACAGGUUGGUAUUUGGGAAGCCGUGUCACCUUCCAGUGGAGUUCGAGCACAAGGCUUUUUGGGCGAUAAAGCAAUGCAAUAUGAGUUUAGAGGAGGCCGGUGCUCAACGGAAGCUGGAUUUGCAAGAGUUGGAGGAGAUCCGGAACGAAGCAUACGAAAACGCCUCGAUUUAUAAGGAGAAAAGCCGGGCAUUUCAUGACCAACAAAUUUCAAGAAAAACGUUUGAAGUUGGUCAGAAGGUCCUCCUGUACCAAUCCAGGCUCAAGUUAUUCUCAGGUAAGCUACGUUCCCGUUGGAUUGGACCUUUUAUUGUUACUCACGUUUUCCCAUAUGGUGCAGUUGAAAUCCGAAGUGCUAAGACAGACAACAAAUUUGUGGUGAAUGGACACCGUCUCAAAUAUUAUUACGAAGGAUUUUCAGGAAGAGAGAUGGAGACAAUAAGGCUAGACGCACCACUGUGUCCUAAUCAGUGA